CAUGAAGAAAAAUGCGCAGAGGAGGCUUGUUUGGAUCAAGAACUUCAAAGAUUGUUCACAGAUGAGUGGAAAAACUGUGAUUUUCCUUUCAGUUUUUGUACAGUAUAUGUAGACAAGAUUAAUGCAUCUUGAGAGGAGGAUGGGGGGUUGGGGUUCUGCUGGCACAUCUGGUUUCUGAGUAAUUGGACUAAAGUCCAAAAGAUGGAGUGAUGUGAAGCCACCUCAUGUAAUCUUUUAUCUAGAUAACAUGUUACUUUGUUCAAAUGUAUUGAGUUCAGUCAGACUUUCAUUGUAGCUAAGUGUUUAAAAAGUGCCUUUACAGCAUGUACAAAUUUUUCUUAUACUGGUUUUACAGAAAUUGCUAACGUCAUAUUAUUUAAAAGACAUUUUUCGCAUCCGCUUCGGAUGUUAUCAGCCAUAACGAAUGGGCUGAUCAGAACUUAUCAGCGGAUUCGUACGGGCCAGUAAGUGCCUGCUGUGCCUCCUCGCGAACAGCUAACAGCUAGCUAAGUUGCUAUGUUCAGCAGCUUUAGAGGUUAUUGUGGUUAGGGUUAGGGCUGGAUAGUUACAGUUAGCUAACACAAUACCGCUAGCUACUUGCUACUGUAAGUUAUGCUCGCUAAUAAAUCAAAAUCAGAAACUUCGAUCCUCCCGUCUGAACAACAACCGCUCAACAGCGCCCCUACUGACUCUGCUGGUGAUCAACCUUACGGAUCACUGACAGCGAUCUAUUGCACCUAUUCACUGCUGCCAGCAGGUAGGUGGGCACCUACCGCCUCAUACGUAUGGGCUGAUAACCACUGAUAAUGACCAUUGAAUGGUAUGAUAACGUCCGAAGCCGCUGUUUUUCUAAUGCUUUCAAAUUUUUUCUAGAAUUUUAAUGCUGUUCUUAGAAAUGGUUUUAUUUUUCCUAAUCCCAGAUCAUAACUGAGGAUUUAGAAAUGUACAAAAACAGUCUUUGGAAAUAAAUGUCUUAAUUCAAUAAAAUAUUAUUGAAACAAGUUUAACCAUUACUUUUGUUGGUCUGAAACCCAGCAAACACUUUCUCUUUUACAUUUACUGUAGUCAAAUACACAAAGUACCAGUGUUACAUUUUAGAAUUUUCAGUAUACUGUAGAUUUCAGGCUGGACAAAUGUUUUAGAUAGACAAUAGGGUUUAAUCUCACUCAAUGAAUGAAGACACCCAUAGAGACAGAGCUUCCCCGCAGUGAAUGAGACUCUUUAUAAAUGAAAGCUCUCUCUCAUCUACUCACUUUAGAGAACUGAAUACUUUCUCAGUCCUGAGGUGAGUUUGGUAACAUUCCUACUGUAUCUCCAAACAUGUUAUGCAUUGUUCUUGAUGUCUUGCACAUUUAGGGAAGCAGGUGUUUGUAAUGGGUCCGAAAGAGAAAUCUGCCACAGUGAUCAACGCCACGUUUGUCCGUCCUGCAGUCUUUUAUCUUAGUGGAUUGUCCAGCAUCUCUAAUGCAAACUAUUUCUAUGUUUUUCUGUGCUUCAUUUACAUCUUGACUGUCCUCGGGAACUGUUUUUUAAUAUUAGUAAUUUACCUAGAGAAGACUCUUCACACUCCUAAAUACAUGAUUGUGUUCAGCCUGGCUUUAACAGAUCUGUGUGGCAGCACUGUUCUCAUCCCUAAAGUCCUGGACACAUUCUUGUUUGACAGGAGAUACAUUGUCUAUGAGGCUUGUUUGAGUUACAUGUUCUUUGUGUGGUUCUUUGCCUUCGUACAGUCGUGGACACUUGUCACUAUGGCCUAUGACAGGUUUGUAGCCAUUUGCUUUCCUUUGAGGUACCACAGUAUUGUGACUAAACCAGCUGUUAUUUUGAUGCUGUUUGGUGUUUGGGUUUUUUCACUGAGUCUUUUAGCAACUGUUGUUGGUCUCAUUGAUCGUCUCUCCUUCUGUGGGUCUUUGGUGAUACAAAGCUAUUUCUGUGACCAUGGACCAGUGUAUAAGCUGGCCUGUAAUGAUAUAACUAUAAAUUUCAUCUUUGCAAAGGUUGUCAUUACUGUAAUCGUGUUCACCCCUCCAUUUUUAAUAGCACUGACCUACGUGUGCAUUGCUGUCGCUCUGAGCAGAAUUGCAUCAGGAGUGGAACGACUUAAAGCUCUAAAAACUUGUACGUCUCAUAUCAUUCUUGUUGCUAUAUUCUUUCUACCACUCAUGGCCACUAAUAUAGCUGCACAGACACCCUAUCUUCACCCUAAUACCAGGAUCAUCAACUCCACUUUGACACACAGUGUACCAGCUCUGCUCAACCCCAUCAUCUACUCUUUAAAGACUGAAGAAAUGAUGGCGUCUGUCAGGAGGCUCUUUAAAACCAAUAAGCUGAGAAUUGUGAAGUUAUCCAGAAGAUGAGCUCAUGAUGUCACAUUAAACAGAAGCUUGUUUGGACCAAGAAACACAAGAUUUGACACAGAUCAAUGAAAAAGCUAUAUAGUGAAUGUAGAGAAGAUUGAUGGAUCUCUCCUGAAGGACAGGGUGUGAUGUUGUUGGAACCUGACCAGCAUUGCUGACACAUCUGGUUUCUACUUAGUGGGACUAAGUUUAAUUCCAUCAACAGCCCAGUGACCCUAAACACACCUCUACAGUAGGUUACGUCAGAGUGAUUUGUCCAAAAGAGAGAAUGAUUUGAAACCACCUAACGCCUUAGUAGUCUGUAUUGUAGAUAAUAUUUUACUUAUUAUUUUUUUGUUUAAAUGUACUGUAUUGACUUCAGUCAGACCUUCAUUGUAGCUAUAAUAAAUAAUUAAUUUUGGCUAAAUGAAGAAUUUGUGUCUUUUUAACUGCUGCUGCUGCUUUGGUCCAAAAUAAAAGGAUGCUAAACGAUUUAGAAACAAUGUUAUUUUUUACAAAUGAGCAAGCUACUUGUGGAUGGAACCCACCCAA